AUGGAUACAGUCAUGCCAACCCGGGAGGCAGAAACCACAACAAUGAAUGACAUUUUUCCAAUCUGCUAUAAGAAGAAUCUUAUCCUGGCUUUCCUCACCCUCAUCAUUGCCCUGAUUGGUGUGGCAGGAAACGCAGUUGUGCUCUGGAUCUUGGGAUGCUGCAUGCGCAGGAACACCUUCUCCAUUUACAUUCUCAACCUGGCUGCAGCUGACUUUCUCUUCCUCUGCUUCCAGAUCAUAGACUCCCUGGAGGAAGUCUUUAACUGUUUUUCUUCCAUCUCCAUGAUCACUCCAAAUUUCUUCAUAGUUGUGUCAAACUUUGCCUAUCUUUCAGGGCUAAGCAUGCUCAGUGCCAUGAGCACUGAGCGCUGCAUGUCUGUCCUGUGGCCCAUCUGGUACCGCUGCCACCGCUGGAGACACACAUCAGCUGUCGUGUGUGCCUUGCUUUGGGCCCUGUCACUGUCGCUGAGCAUCCCUGAAGGGAAGUACUGUGGCUUCCUGAUUAAGUGGGAUAACUAUGGAUAUGAAUGGUGUAAAACAUUAGAUUUCAUCACUUCCGCAUGGCUGAUGGUUUUAUUUGUCACCCUCUCAGGGUCCAGCCUAACCCUGAUUGUCAAGAUCCUUUGUGGCUCACAGAGAGUGCCAAUGACCAGGUUAUAUGUGACCAUUGGGCUCACGGUUCUGGUCUUCCUCUCCUUUGGCCUGCCCUUUGGGAUGUACUGGUUCCUCUUAUUCUGGAUCCUGAGAUAUGAUGUUAUUCCUUGUGGCUCCUAUUGGGUUACAGUUGUUCUGUCCUGUGUUAACAGCUGCGCCAACCCCAUAAUUUACUUCUUUGUUGGCUCCUUUAGGCAGCGGCGGUGGAAGCGGGGAACCCUCAAGCUGGUUCUACAGAGGGCCAUGCAGGACACCCCUGAUGAGGGUGACUCUGGAAGCAGGGUUUCAUCAGGAAACCUUGGAGAGUGA